AGAUCUAUCGACAUACAAUCGAUUGUCGUUGCAUCUCUAACACUGACCGACGCGGACAUAGAAGAAGAAACUUAGUAAAUUAAUUAAUUAAUUAAGUCUCUAACAACUGUAGACAUCACACCUAAUAUGUAAUGCCGAAAAAGACUGAUUCCACAACGCGCGAGUGCAAGUGCAAUAACGCAACAAGGCAGCACAGCGGCCGGAAAACGUAGUAUACGCAAUAUAUGUAAAAAAAAAAAAAAGAACACACGCGACGGAAAAGUGUUCGCUGUGUGUAAAUGCAAAUGGUAUAUUUUCGUGCAGGCAGCAACAAAAGCAAAAAUAAACGCACAGCUACGGAAAAGCGAAAAACAGCGCAGCAACAACAUCAGCCAGAGCUGAAAAUGUACAUAUUUUCAAUGGAUGUGUGCGCGUAGAAGAAAAUGAGAUAAAAAAAAAAAAAAACGCCAAAUGAAAUUAGCUCACGCCUGAAUUUCGAGUUUGGUGCAAGGUGAACCAAAAGGCGAAAAGCAAUCAAAACAGUUUUCCAUUUUCCCAGUGUGCGUGCAGUUGAAAAACCACCUGCAUUGAUUUAUAGUAAAGAAAAAAACAACAACAAAAAAACAGCAACAAAAACCGUAUCCAACGGAACUUGCAGAGGAUAUAUACCCACACACACAUAUAUAUAUAUGUUGGCCUGCAUGCGUGUGUGUGUGAGUGUGGUCAUAAAGGCUGACUGAUAAAAAAAAAAGGAAAAUAAAAUAAACGGCAUUUCUUGGAGGCAGCCUGCCAUCUAGACGCGCACAACUGCUGGAGAACCGACCCUGAAUCUGGCGAGGAUUGCAGGAAAACAGGACCAGGACCAGGACCAGAGGAAUUGUAGACACAUUCGUGCCGCAGCUAGAGCCCUCCCGAUGUCCAAUAAAAUCAAUCCGAAACGCCGCGAACCGACAGCAGCAGCCGUAGCAGCAGGAGCCGGAGCCGGAGUCGGAGUUGGAGCCACUGGUGUGGCCACCAAUACGAGCAGUUCGACAGGAACAUCGAGCGCUGGUAACACAUCAUCGGCAAACACAUCCUCGUCAUCCAGCUCAUCGCUGUCGUCCGCCGGCGGCGGUGAUGCCGGCAUGUCCGCCGAUCUGACAUCACUGUUCGAGUGCCCCGUGUGCUUCGACUAUGUACUGCCCCCCAUUCUACAAUGCUCUAGCGGGCACCUGGUGUGCGUCUCCUGCCGCUCAAAGCUCACCUGCUGUCCCACCUGCCGUGGCCCGCUGGCGAAUAUCCGGAAUUUGGCAAUGGAAAAGGUAGCCUCCAAUGUUAAAUUUCCGUGCAAGCACUCCGGCUAUGGAUGCACUGCGUCACUGGUAUAUACGGAGAAAACGGAGCACGAGGAGACGUGCGAAUGCCGGCCAUAUCUCUGUCCCUGCCCAGGUGCCAGCUGCAAGUGGCAGGGACCGCUCGACCUAGUCAUGCAGCACCUAAUGAUGUCCCACAAGAGCAUCACAACGCUGCAGGGCGAGGAUAUUGUGUUCCUGGCCACUGACAUCAACCUGCCCGGCGCCGUUGACUGGGUGAUGAUGCAGUCCUGUUUCGGCCAUCAUUUUAUGCUCGUUUUGGAGAAGCAGGAGAAGUACGACGGCCACCAGCAGUUCUUUGCCAUUGUCCAGCUGAUUGGAUCGCGCAAGGAGGCGGAGAACUUUGUGUAUCGUCUGGAACUAAACGGAAACAGGCGGCGGCUAACCUGGGAGGCCAUGCCGCGUUCCAUACACGAGGGCGUGGCCUCUGCGAUCCAUAACUCGGACUGUCUGGUGUUCGACACGUCGAUUGCGCAACUUUUCGCCGAUAAUGGCAACCUGGGCAUCAACGUGACCAUCUCCCUGGUCUAAAGCGCACUGUCAAUUCGCCGAGUUCUUACUUUUUUUUGUUUACUUUUCCGAUACAUAUAUAUAUAUGCAUAUAGUUUAUAGCCUAUAGCCUAUAGCCCCCCUGUUCCCUGUUCCCUGUUCCUCCCUGUUCUUGAGGCGUUUAACUCUUGAGGAAUGAAUGUGAGAAGACAGAAAUAGUUGUGCAGAGUUGUUUUAUAAAAAUGAUUCUCCAUUCUAAUAGCCACGUACAUGCAUAUGUGUAUAUAUCUAUGGAAAUAUCAGGCCCGAUACCGAUUUUCACAUCUGAGGGGAAGUGAAAUCUUUUGGUUUUUAUGUCUUUGUGAAGAUGUUAGUUCUGUGUUCUAUGUGAGAACUACUGUAUGAUCCCAAAGGUUGUAAUAAUUAUUUGUCUUUUAAUUAAUUGAAUUAUUGGCACACUUUCCGCGAUAAUCUUCAGUUGGGAAAAUCGACAUCGGGCCUGUAUGUUUGUAUGUCUAAACGGUUCGAUUGGUACUUUAGAUCUAGGACUUGAGUUUUUCAUCCCUAUACUAUAUUUUGUGUUUAGUUUUUUUUGUUUCUGUUUGGCUCGUGGGGUUCUGCUUUAGUUCAAUUUAGUUUGUAAGCCGAUUGCGGCGGGCCACACACAUACACACACCUGGAGCAGAGCUGCCUGCCACCACCCACUACCCACUAUCCACUAUCCACUACACUACACUACAUAGAAGGAGGACACACUCGAACUCGAACACUGAAAAUCCUAGUUUAGUUAAUGUAAAUUAUUUUAUACAAUACUUGUAAAUGGUAAUAAGUAAACGAGCAGUUUAACGAAAUUAACAAAAAACACACAACAAAUAACAAAUAACAAUAGCAACAAAUGCGAAACCACAAAGAAACAUCAUAUUUGAUAGCUAUAUAAUCUGUAAUAACUCGAGAGUUGUUUGAUUGAGAGUUGCAGCAGCCAAACCAUCACAGAAAUAAUAAGAAAUCAUUUUUUUGUUCGCCAAUUAUAAAAGAAAAAGACACUCCCUCCUAAGCCCCAAUCCCCAUCUUCAAUCGUACGAAAAGCAAUGUUAAUGUUUAAAUUUCCACCUAGUUUAGACGAUAUCCCCCAGCCCCCCCAGACUUAUAUAUGUUUUGGUUUCUUUCGACUUCUAUCUGCCCGUUUCCGGCUCCCAAUCGAAAAUGGAUGAAAAAUGAUUUUAAAGCAUCUGCACCGUAAUUAGCUUUUAAUGCGCCGAUUUACCGCGCCACUACCAUACGAGAUCACUCACACACACAAACUACUGAAGUGAAAUAAACGUGAUUAGUAAAAGUAAAAAAUAAA